AAGCACCCAAACCAAACCAAUUAUUUGCAUCUCAAAAUCCACAUUUCCACUAUUAAAAAAUUUAAAACUAGCUCCCCCUUUUUUUUAUUGCUUGUCACAUAAGAAUAUUCGAGAGCUUGGUGGUCUCACUCCCUUUUGUCAUCUAUACAUAUAUUUCCAAAAUUGUGUCGCAUCGAUAGCAUCCAAAUUUCUAUCAACCAAGCAACCCAAAUUAAAAUAUCUUUCUGUCUCAUUCUAUAACAUACCAAUUUUAAAAAAAAAUAUGAUGAAUAAUAUCUCUUCAUCCCCUUGUAAAAUUCUUGUAGGCAUCCCUCUUGAUGCCAAUGUGAGUGUGGAGCUCCUUGCUUGGGCUAUUAGGGUUCUUGCUCGCCCCGGUGAUUCUCUCACUGCAUUGCACAUCAUAGGGGCCAUGGCCGACAAGAGCAAGAGACAGUCAGAAAGGAAACAUCAAAAGCAGUUCCGUCAGGCGAAGUCCUUCGUCGUAAACGUUAUGGGAGAACUUUUUAAGACUUGUCAGUCUAAUGAGGUGAAUAUGGAAGGUAGAGUGGGAGCGAGCUCGACCCCCGGCCGAGGCCUAAUAGAGGAGGCCAAAAACAUGGGAGCUGAUUAUCUCAUCAUCGGCGGCCAAGCCAACCGAUCAAACAGAACGCCGUCGUCUGCAAUCUCCCACUACUGCUGCAAGAAUGUUCCAGAAGGUUGUUCAUUUGUCAUGCUUCGUCCCACACAACAUCCUUGUGCCAACAUUUCAGAUUUGGAACACGAAUCGAGCAGCAGCUGGUCGGAAAAGAAUUUAUCUACUGAAAAUUCAUUCUCAUCAGAUGAGAAUGAGAUCAUGGGGAAGUCGAAGAGGGCAUCGCCUAGAACUGUGCUCGAUAUAUGCGAGGAGGAUUCCAACUCCGAGGAAUCAUGCAGCACUAUUACAUCAUCGUCAACGAGGAGGCCCACCUCCCCAUUUCGACUCAUUUCGUCGCUAUUUCGCCCCAAAACAAGCAAGAAGAAUCACAAAGAGAAACACCAACCAAUGCUGAGGUGCUUCACAUAUCAAGAAAUUGCAAGUGCUACCAAGACUUUCCACAAUGAUAAUAUGAUAGGACAAGGAGGGUAUUCGGAAGUUUAUAAGGGGGUAAUCGGGGAUGGGAGCCAUAUUGCCGUGAAGCGUUUGGCAAAGGACAAUAACAAUGCGACUAAGGAAAAAGAAUUUCUAAUGGAGUUGGGAAUUAUAGGGCACGUCAACCAUCCCAACACGGCCAAAUUGGUUGGUUAUUGCAUUGAAAAUGGACUCUAUCUCAUUUUUCAAUUGUAUCCAAACGGGACGCUAUCAUCCGCCCUCCAUGGGCAAGUAAGCAACGGUCUAGAUUGGACUACAAGGUACAGAAUAGUGCUAGGGAUAGCAAAGGGACUACAUUACCUUCACAAAUGCUGCAAACAUCGCAUAAUUCAUCGAGAUAUUAAGGCAUCUAAUGUUCUUCUUGGCCCAGAUAAUGAGCCACAGAUAUCUGAUUUUGGGCUGGCAAAAUGGCUACCUAGCAAAUGGAGUCACCAUGCUGUGAUUCCAAUUGAGGGCACAUUUGGAUACCUUGCACCUGAAUAUUUCAUGCAUGGAAUUGUGGAUGAGAAAACUGAUGUUUUUGCCUUUGGAAUCCUUCUUCUUGAGAUCCUAACCGGCCGCCGCCCCGUCGACGCCACCAGACAGAAUUUGCUUAUCUGGGCUAGGCCUUUGAUGGAAUCGGGAAAUUUGAAAGAAUUGGCUGAUCCCAAAAUGAAAGGUAGAUUCGAUAUGGAGCAAUUGUAUAGAGUGGCUUUAACGGCGUCGUAUUGUGUGAGGCAAUCUUCAAUAUGGAGACCUUCUAUGACUGAGGUUUUGCAAUUGCUAACAUAUGGUCAAGACUCAGAGGUGGGGAGAAGUAGUUGGAGAAUACCAAAAUUCACUAGUGAUGAAAUGGAUGAUUAUUCAAUGAUCUUUGGAUACCAACUUCCAUCUGAUUUAGCUUUGGAGGAUAUUUGAAUUCCAAAUCAAGAAUGAAAUUAUUAUUUGCUAAUUUUUUUUUCUUUUUUUCUUUUAAAAUUGGGGUGGUUCUUUAAAUGUUUAUUGACAAGGCUGCGCUGAGAUAGAUGAUAUUUUUAGGAUGAGGUUAUAUUAUUCAUCCCCUAACUUUCAAUUGUGUAAUUGUCGCCUUUUUUUUGUAAUAAUUAUUGUAUUGCGUAGAUAUUGUAAUGUGGGGAUAUUUUUCCUGAGAUGAAUAAGAUUCUAUUUGCUCGUCUCA